AAAAUAGAAAAAAUAAAAAAAGUAGAAGAACAAGAACAAGUAGAAGAACCUGUAAAUUAUGGUAGAAUGACUUGAAUCAAAUUUAUCUUCACAAAGAGAGGAAUCGUUAAGUUUAAGGUGGCUCCCUACAAUUUAAAAAUAGGAGAAAACCAUGAAUUAAGGGACCGGUCAUCAAGUAAUUAUUGGUAGGAAAUAAGGAGCGAUGGACUGGAUGGGCCAUGGAACAAAUAUGACCUGUUUGCACUCAAUACAUAUACUAUGACUACCACACAACAUUCCUAUUAAAAGAAUCAACAUUCAAUAUAACAAAUGGUUUCAUCAAAGUGACUACUAUACUGUACAUAUUCAUGUAUAGCAGGAUGGGUCGUGAAAUUGACCUUCGAAUGACCUACUAAUAACUAUGGGCUCUGAAAUUUUUUCUAGGAUGGGCCACCGGUUUUUUUUGGAAAACCUAUUUUCCCACCGCCCCACUCUAGCUGUUACUUUAUGACCGGUCCUCAAAUCAAACUUUUUAAAGAUUGUUGCUUGAAAACGCCUGGCUACCCCCAAUUUUUAUUUCAGAAACAUUUUCUUGUAGUACAAUGAACUAUCUGACCAAGUUUUAAAAAAUUCUGUAGAAUUUUUUAUAAUUAGUCCGAUAGUUUAUUGUACUACAUGAAUAUGUUUUCCGAAAUAAAAAUGGGGGCAACCAGACGUUUUUUAAAGUAAAGUGGGUUAAAAGCCAAAAUAUUGGCCGUCUUGAAUCGUCAUUGUUGCCAUAGCAACAGUAGUGACGUCAUUUUUGCAACCAAAUUCCAACUGUUUGAUUGCUGCUUUACAUAUGGCGUACAUUUUUUGACUUUCUAGCAAACAACAUCCCUUCAAAGACGUGAUCUAAUUUAUGCAUUGUCAACAUUUCUAUAGAAUGUAGGGAGCCACCUUAAGGUCAGGUUAAGGCUGAAGUGAGGUUGAGGUUAGGUUGAGGUUAGAUUAUCAAACAUGGAUUUAUUAAUUCACUUUUUCUUAGCAAAAAGUUGUGAUGACUUGUACAAAUCCGGCAAGACAACGACCGGGGUUUAUACAAUCGACCCGGAUGGCCUGGGACCUUUUGCUGUUCGAUGUGAUAUGGAAACAACCACAGGGGUUAAUACAAUCGACCCGGACGGCCUUGGAGCUUUUGCUGUUCGUUGUGAUAUGGAAACAACUAGUACUUCAGGGAGGGGCUGGACUAUAUUCCAAAGACGUGUAGAUGGGUCUCUAAGCUUCUACAGACAGUGGUAUGGUUACAAAAUUGGAUUUGGCGAUUUGUCUGGUGAAUUUUGGCUUGGUUUGGACAAGAUUCAUCGUCUCACAGCCAGUGGGCAGAAUGUACUGAGAGUUGAUCUCGGAAGUUUUGAAAACGAGGCUGCUUAUGCAGUUUAUGAAUCAUUUUCUGUGGGAAAUGAAAGCAACGCUUACAUUUUGAAUGUUGGUAACUACUCAGGUAAUAAUAAUUUUUAUUUAGACAGCUACCGGAUAUAAGCUAUUCUGCAAUCUGAUUGGCUCUCUACUAGCAGGAUAUUAGCUCAUAUCCUGCAUUCCUGCUAGUAGAGGAAACAAGAUGGCGGCGCAAGAAUAACCGGACUUUUGCGAACGUGAAAACAGGAAGUUAUUCGCUUUUUAUAGCCUUAACGGGAAUAAAAACACAAUGAAAAACUCCCAGCAACUUUUUACAAGUCAGCAAAUACUUUUUUAUAUUUAAACUGGUUAAAAAAUGUAAUUUUGAAAAAAUAAUGCCGAAAGAGCAAAGUCAAAGAAAAACAUGUACAGAAAUCAGAAUAUAAUUUUUUUGACAAAACUGAUUUCAAAGCAAAAAUUCUUUAUUGAAGUAAAGUCAACAAGCACUUGUUUUGUUUAAAAAAUAUUAAGUACGGAUUUAAAAAACUAGCAAUGCAAUGUUUUCUCAGACUCAGAUUUAGGCUAAGCCGAGUUGUGUGAAUUGCCAAACUAAUUGUCAAAGUAUUGCCACAAUGAAGAGUCUGUAAAUGCAGUAGUUGUCUACAUAAUAAAACAGUUAUUCUACUCACUCUCGUCGUAUAAGACUGAUAGCCAACUCGGUGCUACGCACCUCGUCGGCUAUCAGCUCAUAUACGACUCGAGUUCGCAGAAUCUCGCGCAGAAUAACUGUUAACUGACUGCUGAGUCCGAUCGGUAUUGCUUAAUUAAGAAAAUAACAAAAUUACUGACUACUCGAUCUGAUUAAAAGCGUAAGUUAAUGUGGCACUGUCAUCAAAAUUUUUAUUUUCUUAAACGAAAAUGCUCUUAAAACUGUAUAGUAACUUGUUUUGAAGAUUUUUGUUCCCAUGCUUAGUACUUGAGAUAUUUCAUUUUGUUUGUAACCAUGUGACGUCAUUUACUCAAUUACAUAUAUAAUGAGAUAUCAGUAAUUCUUGUGUAUCUUUGCUAUUUUUGAUGAAUUUGUUUAUAAAAACAGUAUGCUUAAGGUUACAGAACACCUUUGAGUGUUAAUUUUGCCUAAAAUUUUUUUAUUGGUUUCAAUGAAAGCAUUAGACUAGUUCUACUAUCUGACCAAGUUUGAACGAAAAAUGUUGAAAACUCGCAGAGUUAUUUAAUAAAAUACAUUUCGCUGCAAUAAGAAAAACAUUGAAAAUGUAAUAUUCAAAUUCAAUUUUCUCACGAAAAAUUUUACGGUAAUUACUGAUUUUCAAACGAGUUAUGCUCCUGCGGGUUUUAACCAAUUUUUCUCAAAUUUUCACAGGACAUAGCUAAAUACGUCAAUUUCAAAAUUGUGUUCGGCUUUUUUGUAAUUUUGGGUAUUUUAAAAAUAAAGAGCAAUUCACUCAAACAAUUCAGAAAUAUAUUGCAGUCGUCAAAGAAAUCGCCAUAUCAGCGGAAUGACGAAAUAAACAAAAAUUUCCGAACACAAUUUUUUAGAACAACUAUUUUACUGUAUAAAAAUGAUAUUUUCAUAAAUAUAACUUAAAACCAGCAGGAGCACAACUCAAAAGCGUAACGGUACCGCGAUUUAAGAUUUUCCUGAAUAAUUCUUACAUUAUUUUGUUGUUUGUUAAUUUUACAACUUUACCAUAUUUUGCAUGCACUGGAGAAUAUUUGGUGAAAAUUUGAUGAAAAUCGGACUGAUAUUGAGCGCGCAGUAGCGAUUUUCCGCAACACGCCAAAAAGGGUGUCCUGUAACCUUAAUGACGUAGGUUAAACUAACAAACGCGCCGCAUCUUUUGAAAGAUUUUGAUAAAAAAUAGCAAAGAUACACAAGAAUUACUGAUAUGUCAUUAUAUAUGUAAUUGAGUAAAUGACGUCACAUGGUUCGAAACAAAAUGAAAUAUCUCAAGUACUAAGCAUGGGAACAAAAAUCUUCAAAACAAGUUACCAUACAGUUUUAAGAGCAUUUUCGUUUAAGAAAAUAAAAAUUUUGAUGACAGUGCCCCUUUAAGUUUUACAGCACUUAAUUUUGAGCCAGUACAACAAUAUUGUGAUGUCGUGGACACCACACGCCUGCCUUCCAAGUUGAGAGACCGGGUUCAAUCCUUGGUCGGACCUCUACUGAAGGUCUUAAAAUAAUUGAAGAGAAAGUGCUACCUUUACAUUGACAUCAGUAAAAUGGUUAGACUUUUGCGUCUUCUCGGAUAAGUACGUUAAAACCGCGGGUACCUCGGAUCCCCUAUCAAAUGGACAACAUCCUCAUCAAUGAGUGAGAAACUCGAUAAACAAUAAAAAAUGUAAAGUCAUUUUCAGAAGUUUAAGUAAAAUCGCGUGUUUUUUGUAACAUUAAAUAGUAAAAUUAAAGGAAAUAACACCGACAGAAACUACACGUGACAUACAUUGGGUGACUUGAUCGGCUAAAAUAUUUAUGAAUUAUUACCGAAAUCAGUAGACUGUCUUUUCCGGAAGUUGAAAAGACAGUCAGAAGCCAGUAGAAACGUUCAUGUUUUAUGACGUCACGGUGAAGGAAUGCAGCGUGGAACUUGUAUGUUAUUAUACUUAUUUAGUAACUUUAUUUAGUUUGACAAAUUGCCAAUGGCUCUCCAAGCUCAAAACAAGCUUUCUAGCAAAGGGAGAACCUUUGUUCGUGGGAAGGCACUGGGGGGAGAAAUGCAAACUAAAUAAAGUUCCUAAUAAGUAAAAUAACAUACAAGUUUCAAGCUGCAUUCCUUCACCGUGACGUCAAAAAACAUGAACGUUUGCUACGCCAUUCUGACUGUCUUUACAACUUCCGGAAAAGACACUCUACUGAUUUCGGUAAUAUUGAGUGACUUUUUGCUGAAUAUUUGCUUUACAGGGACAGCAGGUGAUUCGUUAGCAGUCAACAAUGGGAUGAAAUUCACCACUCGGGACGUUGACAAUGAUGAGAGAAGGGCUGCUAACUGCGCUACAAACAAGGAAAGCGCAUGGUGGUAUAAUUCAUGUUCGACUGCAGACUUGAAUGGUAGAUAUCUAGGAAGUGUUCACAACGAAGGAAUGAAAGGCGUUUUCUGGCUUGGCUUUAAAGGAAAAAAUUAUUCUUUAAAGAGGAGUGAAAUGAAAGUAGGACCUGACAAAGUUUAAAACGCUCGUUUUAUCAUAAACCAUUUUGAGAACUUCGUAAAUUUUGUGCUUAAAACUGAUAUAACUAAAUAUAAAAUUUGCUUAUUCAAAGCUUUUGACUUCUGCCUAUGCGCAGCUGCAACGACCUAUAUAGGCCUGCCUUGCUGUCGUGCGUUCAUACGUAAAAAAGCUUGAGCCCUGGUGUAUGAUCUAAAAAACGCCUGGAGCGCCUAUUAGAGAGAGGCAUUAAUUCUUAUACAUACGGUAGUUUUACGCUUCUCAAAGAACGCUUCCCAUUUUUUUAUCAUGGGCAUAGAAAUGUCAACAAAACAACCUUCGUUCUAAUAUAUAUAUAUAUAUAUAUAUAUUAUAUAUAUAUAUAUAUGAAUAUAAUUUUUUUAUUUAAAAAAUUAAAAAAGACUUCUACAGGCAAUAAAAAAUUUAAAAAUUUUGUCCCAACGUUUCGCCGGUUAAGGCUUCUUCAGGGGAAUGUUAUAACUAGAUCACGUCCGUUGAAUAUAUACUACAAAGCUAGACUAAAUUUAAAUAAAAAGGGUGGAAUGUGGACAAUAACGAGCGAAAAUUUAAAAUGUUGUUAUUCAAGCGUAUCAUGCAGAAUAUAUAUUUUAAAUGUCAAUUGUUCUACCAAUGCAUCCGUUUAUUACGUUCCCCGCUCUUUUCUUAAUUUCAAACGCCUCAAUGCACUUACGCUCAUCAUCAUUGUUUAUGUUGGAAUGUAGGAUUCUCCAAGUUAUAAUUGGCAUGUCAUCUUCGUUACUCCUGUGGGAUUCAAUAUGUUUGUACAUGGUUUGCUUAUUCAUGGUCAAAUGUUCUUUAAUGCGCGUGCCAAUUGUCCUACCAGUUUCACCAAUAUAAACUUUAUUGCAAUGCAGGCAUUCAAUUUCGUAUACAACGCUCUUAUUGUGGCAACGAUUUGGUUUUUUUUGUUUUUAUAUAUAUAUAUAUAUAUAUAUAUAUAUAUAUAUAUAUAUAUAUAUAUAUAUAUAUAUAUAUAUAUAUAUAUAUAUAUAUAUAUAUAUAUAUAUGCUGUUGGGGCGACCAGUGGAAUACAUGAUAAUACAUGAUAGUUUUGGAGUUGAAGCUGGUCUAAAAUUCUUUUUAAAAUACUAGAAUAUGUACAAUAAAAAGUCUAAAAAGUUCUAAAUUUUCGGUUGCUAACUGCAACCUUCAUCAGAGUACUAAGAGCAGUUCGGAUAGUUCAAGGUUUUUAAAUAUCGUCAUUAUUGCCACAUGAUUGCACAAGCGAUAAAUACAUGCGCGGGAAUUCUUUGUGUUCGUUAAUUGUUUUAUUGUCUAAUAUUGAAUGCAUCGACUCGAGGAACGUUCGUUUUUCUAAAUUAUGUACUCUUUUCUCUAAGAUUGUAGCAUUGUUAAUAGAGGCAUUGUGUCCUGUGCUUUCUGCGUGGUCUUUGAUUGCUGACUUAAUCUCCGGUCUUACGCCUGGUUUGUGUUCUGCCCAACGUGAUACGUUGCUUCGAGCAAGACGAUUAGAACAAAUAUCUUUGUCACAAGUACGAAACCAACAACACCUACGAUAUUUACACAUUUGCAAAGAACAAAAUCAUCUACCACCGUUUCUUUUGGCUAAACCACCGAUAAACCAUCCAAAAGCGUGGGCAAUCGCAAGAAAGACCGGGUGGUCUUACCUUCGUGUUUUGAUAAGCAAUUGUCAUCAUAAACUUAUUAGUCUAAGGAACGAAUCUACAGAAUUGACCAAGACCUUGUCAACAAUGGUCGAUCAAGACAGCUUAUCGAAGUUGGACCAAGCAAUCUCUAGUCGCCGUAGUCGGUGUGGUCACUUGAGAAGCACUAUUAUAGAAAGACACGAGAAAAAGUCACGCUGGCGUUCAACAUCAGACAGUGAAAAUAGCAUCAUGAACAAAUGGGUCGUUAAUGUCUCACAGCGAAAUUUGUCCAACAACGAAAUAGAUUUGUUAAGAAAGGGUCUAAAUUUUGUCGGAACUCCGAGACGUGUACCAAAGAAAGAAAUACUAGCGUCGGUUGAACAAGGUAUCAAGGAUCUUACAGAAGAAGCAAAAAACGACAUACGAGCUGGCGUCUUCUCAAUUUUGAAACAUGCUAAACCCCUCUCAACACAGAAUUUAACUCGGGGCGAAAGGAAAGCAGUUAAAGACUUGAAGUCAGAGGACACGAUUAUCAUAACAAAAGCUGACAAAGGAAAUGCUGUGGUUAUAAUGGAUAAGGCAAAAUAUACUGAACAAGUAAACGAGAUGCUUGGAGAUCAAACAGUUUAUACACGCAUCACCGAUAAGAGAAGAAAUCCCACCAAACGGACGGAAACUGACUUAGAGAAUAUACUGAAAGAGCUUCGACGCUCGGGAAACAUAACUGAUAGAGAAUAUUGGCAGCUACGAGCUUUUGAUUCUUCCCCUGCUACAUUUUAUGGUUUGCCAAAAGUCCAUAAAGUGUCUCUCAUCUGCAACCAAGACCACGACGUCAUUCCUUUACGUCCAAUUAACAGCAACAUUGGUUCACCUACAUAUUCCCUAUCAAAAUACCUUGCAAAAUUGUUAAAGACCUUUUGCGCAAAAAACGAGUUUUCUAUAAGUAAUGGGAAAGAAUUCGUUGAUUUUGCCAAAAGUCAAACGUUAGGGACGGAUGAAACGAUCGUCUCUUUUGAUGUUGUGUCCUUAUUCACAUCCAUACCUGUUCCGUUUGCCUUGCAUAUUAUACAAAAGAAACUUAAAGAAACUGAUUCAUGGAAGUCACAUACAGCACUGAAAGAAGAACAAGUUGUGAAACUAUUAAAAUUCCUACUUAACAAUUGUUACUUUAAAUUCAAUGAGACACACUAUCAUCAGAAGUCAGGAUGCGCCAUGGGAUCACCUGUUAGUGCAGUCAUAGCUGAGAUAGUAAUGCAAGAGAUAGAGUCAAUUGCCAUCAACACGUCACCUGUCCCAGUACGCUGGUGGCGAAGGUAUGUUGACGACUCAAUUCAUGUCUACGCAAAAGUGACAUUGAACAAUUCCACACCCACCUGAACACUAUCAACAAAAACAUUCAGUUUACAAUUGAAUUGCCAUCAGAAUCAAACCACG